AUGAAUUUGGUGGGAUUCUAUGUAGAUGAGUUGUCUUGGAGGAGGUAUAUCCCCCCUGCUCCGGUCCACAGAGAUUUUGGUCCAGGCUGGGCCCUGACCUCUGAUGUUGUGCUCUGUCUGCCUCUCUCCAUCUACAUUCAGAUUAUACAGACAUCCUUCAAGGUGGAUGGUUUGGAGGAGUAUCUGAACGACCCAGUGAAGCAGCACUACCUCAUCAGGUUCCUGCCUUCUAGGAUGAAGACCCAACUACUGCACAAACGGAAGUACAUCUUUAGUUUCCAUGACAGCAUGCAGCGUCUGAUUUACAUGGGUCUGCUGCAGUUUGGCCCGGUGGAGAAGUUCCAAGACAAAGACCAGGUGUACCUGUAUGUGAAACGUAACUGUAUGAUAGUAGACACUACUAUGUGUGAGCCCCACUAUAACCUGGUGUUGGAGACGAGGGUGUUUGAGAGACGCAGAUACACACUGAACACCCUGACAGACGUAGACAACUACUGGUUUGACCUGAUGUGUGUCUGCCUCAACACACCACUAGGUGUGAUCAGGAAGGAGCGGCCGAAGAGAAGCUCUGCCUCCAAAUCCCAGGAGGAGCCAGUCAGGGUUCCCGUGGAUACAGACCGCCACAAGUUCCGUCACCUGGAUCACAUGCUCAAGGGCAGCAGGGAGGUGUGUUAUACAGCAGUAAUACCAGGAGACAGUAAAGGUGCAGGAGGUCUGGACUCUGACUUCUUCGGACACCUCAAACGCAACUGGAUAUGGACCUGUCAUCUGAUGAGAACCAAGAAGAGCAACAACCAGUACGAGUCCAGUAACACAGUGAGGCUGAAUAGUCUACUGACCAAACAUCUGGCCAUGGAUAUAGGCUCAAAGUUCCCCGGGCCCCUGUCCUCUGAGCAGGAGGUCCCAGCAGGGUUGAGGUUUGAGGAGGUCCACAUCUCUACUGAGCCGUCCAGUAGGAACCGGCUGGUUAAAGGAGGGAAGAAGCAGAAGAAGAAGAGAACCGUCAAAGAGAAAAAACAGGUCAAAACACCACGGAAGAAGAAGAAAGUCGAGGUUAGAAAGCGGGCUGCAGUCCACGAUGCAGCAGACCACAAAGCUCUGAAGAUGAUGACCAGACGGAGAGUAACAUGGAGCGUCAGGGAGGACUCUGUACUCAUCCUCUGUAGAGUCGCUUCACACUUCCUUAACCGCAAGCUCCGCAGGCCCUUCGUCCCGUGGUGUGUAGUGAGGGAUCUGCUCCACGCAGAGUUUGAUGAGUCUCUGGAUAAAACCUCUCCGUCUGUUGGAAGACGAUCACGUUACAUCCUGAAGAACCCCCAGACAUAUCUCAACUACAAGAUCUGUCUGGCGGAGGUGUACCAGGACAAGCCUCUGAUAGCAACACUACAGGGAAGGAAACACGACCCCAACGACCCCACGGAAUGUUCUACAGUGUUCCGUGAGUUUGUGUCGUUACUCAGACAGAAGUUUAGCUCCGCCUCCGGGUCGUGUGAUGUUACCAUCCCUGACACCAAGACACAGCUGUUCUCACGGUUUAAGGUGUACACCUUGGAGGACAUGUCAGAUGAGAACACCAAGGACUCUCUCAACAGUAUUGAGGACGUCCACUCCCUGGUGUUGAAUAAUCUGAUCCAGAGCACAUUGGCCAUGUCCAACUCUCAGAUGAAAUGCUGCCGAUCCUUCCAGACCUUCCAUACCUACAGUAGGUACCGUCAGGAUGUUCUGUGUCAGGUGUUUGUCCAGUGUAGGAAGAAGGGAUUGGUCAACAGACGAAGGAUCAGUCAACUGUGUGGCCCCAAUAAGAACCGUGCCCUACCCAUUCUGCCCAUGUCUUACCAACUGUCUCAGAGCUACUACAGGUGUUUUACAUGGCGUCUGCCCACGGGUCUGUGUACAGAGGUGUUUGACUUCAUGCAGGCCUUGAGUGAGAAUGGGACUGGAGACAACUACCCUUCCACGGUCUUCAUACAUGAAGGAAAGGAGAAGGAGAAGAGAGAAGGCAUGGAGAAAGAGAGGGGGGAGGAGGGCAUGGAGAAAGAGAGGGGGGAGGAGGGCAUGGAGAAAGAGAGGGGGGAGGAUUGCAUGGAGAAAGAGAUGGGGGAGGAGGGCAUGGAGAAAGAGAGAGGGGAGGAGGGCAUGGAGAAAGAGAUGGGGGAGGAGGGCAUGGAGAAAGAGAUGGGGGAGGAGGGCAUGGAGAAAGAGAGGGGGGAGGAGGGCAUGGAGAAAGAGAUGGGGGAGGAGGGCAUGGAGAAAGAGAUGGGGGAGGAGGGCAUGGAGAAAGAGAUGGGGGAGGAGGGCAUGGAGAAAGAGAUGGGGGAGGAGGGCAUGGAGAAAGAGAGAGGGGAGGAGGGCAUGGAGAAAGAGAUGGGGGAGGAGGGCAUAGAGAAAGAGAGGGGGGAGGAGGGCAUGGAGAAAGAGAGAGGGGAGGAUUGCAUGGAGAAAGAGAGGGGAAUGGAGGGCAUGGAGAAAGAGAGAGGGGAGGAGGGCAUAGAGAAAGAGAGGGGGGAGGAGAAUAUAGAUAAGGAAAGAGGGGAGGAGGAGAGAGAGAAAGAUGAAGAUAUGGAGACAGAAGAGAGAGGGAAGAACACAGAGAACGAGACAGAAGAGAGAGGGAAGAACACAGAGAACGAGACAGAAGAGAGAGGGAAGAACACAGAGAACGAGACAGAAGAGAGAGGGAAGAACACAGAGAACGAGACAGAAGAGAGAGGGAAGAACACAGAGAACGAGACAGAAGAGAGAGGGAAGAACACAGAGAACGAGACAGAAGAGAGAGGGAAGAACACAGAGAACGAGACAGAAGAGAGAGGGAAGAACACAGAGAACGAGACAGAAGAGAGAGGGAAGAACACAGAGAACGAGACAGAAGAGAGAGGGAAGAACACAGAGAACGAGACAGAAGAGAGAGGGAAGAACACAGAGAACGAGACAGAAGAGAGAGGGAAGAACACAGAGAGCGAGCACAACGCACCCCACAACCAGAACCAAGCGGAAGAACAGGUCUCGUCUUUUACCAUCCAUGGAGUUGAAUCUACCUCCAGGGACCCUGCCUCCGGUCCUCUCACCCAGACGGAGGAGCCUGAGUCAGCUACAGCACCCGGCCUUGACCCCUCUCUCCCUCUGGAUCUCACGGAGACGCUGCAGUUCCCUCUGGAGUCCCCGGAGGGCGCCACUCUGCCCUCUCUCAGUCUGAUGACUCAGGGUCUGCAGUUCCCUCUGGAGUCCCCGGAGGGCGCCACUCUGCCCUCUCUCAGUCUGAUGACUCAGGGUCUGCAGUUCCCUCUGGAGUCCCCGGAGGGCGCCACUCUGCCCUCUCUCAGUCUGAUGACUCAGGGUCUGCAGUUCCCUCUGGAGUCCCCGGGAGGCGCCACGCUGGCCUGUCUCAGUCUGAUGACUCUGGGUCUGCUGUCAGUCCACGUCUCCAUACCUGAACACAUAGUGGUAUUGGACAGCACCAUGGUGGACAAAGACGUGGUGAAGAGUAUCUCAGUGCUGGCUGAGGAUGAUGAUGAUGAAGAGGAGAGUGAGGGGCGGAGGGGGAUCGAGGUGAGGGCUCACAAGGCGUCCCACACCAAGUACCUGAUGAUGCGUGGAUACUGCGUCCCCGGGAUCGUCAACCUCCGAAACCUCAACACCAACGAUAGUAUCGUGGUGGAAUCAUGCACCAUGAGACUACAUCUACGACACACACCUGUACACACUCUGUUUAUUACCCAGGACUCUCCCCCCAUAGACUUCUCCAGACACGGUCCCUCUCUCCUCCCCUCCUUUCUCACCCAUUCCCUCAGAGCCCAUUCCUCCUCCCCCCUCCCCUCCUCUGUAGAGGUGUGUGAGGGGCGUCUGGUGACUCAGAGAGGGUAUAGCCCAGAGGACAUUGGGGCUGUGGCAGAGCUCAGAGCAACGCUGGAGAGACACGGAGCCUUCGGAUUGGACAGACGGGACCUGGUGACAUCACACACACACCUGGUCGAGCCAAGAGACGGACGUACUAGAGGUCUGCAGCAGUACCUACAGGACCUGCUGGAGGAAGAGCUGGUGUUGGAGGUGGGAGGGAGCUCAGUGCGUCUGGUGUUAUUGAGUCACGCUGAGCCCUGGCUACUGACCUCCACCGGGAGGCAGAGAGUCCGGCCACACCAAGCCCAGCGAGGGGCCUCUGCCUUUGGGGACAGAAAGCACCACAACCCCCUCCUCCGCAAGAGAAGAACGGUGGCCCCCAGAGAGAUGGAGCCACGCAGUAAGAGAGAGAGAAGGGAAACGCUGAUGGAGGGAGAGGAGGUUGAGAAGAGGGAGGAGGAAGAGGAGGAGAGGAAGAAGAUGCAGCCUGAAGAGAAAGACCGGAACGAGACAGCGGAGGAGAGAAGAGAGGAGGCAGGAGAGAAGGAGAAAAAAGAGAGGGUACAAGAGGAACCAUCAUCUACCACUGAGACAGAACAGAGCACAGAGGGCGACGGUGAGAAGCCAUUUUCAUCUCUAGCUGAGGAAGAGGAUGGUGAGGCUAGCGGUCUGCGUGAGGAAGAGGACGGUAGCGGCGGUGUGUGUGACGUGUCGUUCAUCAGUCGUCCGUGGCGUAUCGUGGACGGCAGUCUGAACAGGCCGGUGUGUAAAGGCAUGCUGGAGGCUGUUCUGUCCCACAUCAUGACCCGGCCUGGUUUACCAGAACACCUCUUACUGGAACACUACAGAGGGGUCCUGCAGCCGGUGGUGGUUCUGGACCUCGUGCAGGCCCUCGUUGAGUUGGGCUGUAUUAAGAAGAAGUACGUGACCAGACGUCCCAAACCCUCCCUCUUCUCCCGCCCAGCUGCCUUCCACACGGUGGAGGAGGAGAGAGUGGGAGAGACAGGGGUGAGACCGGCUGAGACGACCACUGUGUUCUAUGAGCCGACCAUCGACUGCUGUCUGCGUCUAGGACAGGUUUUACCCCACGAAAAGAACUGGAACCAGUGGGUCCAGUUCGCACAACAUGAGAACAAACCGUUAAGGACUGGAGUUGAAACUGAUCUGGGCUCAGUUCAUUAGGACACGCUGUAGUGAAACGUUUUUAAGCCGUAGCAAAACGUUGGGCAACAAAAUAACAAGAGUUUCUAUUAGAAACAUGUAAGUAUGUCCUUGGCCGUUCCCUAUGAUUCUGUUUGGUUCCAUUUAGUUGUUAGGGAAUACACCCCAGGACUGCUAGGGGACGGGAGUUUUACUUGAUCAGGAUUAAUAGGCCCAGGAGUUAAAACAACACGUUUCUUCACAGUGGGUAACCAAUGGUCUUUACUUCUGACUCUUACCGGACAACAAGAUUUGAUUUUAGCUAUAAAAUAUGUUUUGGUUGUAGUUAUAAAGAGCUCUGGGAAUUAGUUUCACAUCUUAGAUGUCUUUCAUUGGGAAAACCUGUUAUUGUUUCAUUUCAGUUUUGUUAUUGUUUUCUUGAAAGUGUGAUUUAAUAAAAUGUAAAAUCGUGAAA